GCCGUCAGUGCACUCGCCGCAGACCGAACGUCCGCACCGUGUAUGUCCACACGCUUUGUCGAAUAGGUAAAAUCUCGUCGGUCCCACGUGCAUGGCCCUCGUAUCACCGUUAAUGCUAUCACCGGAAGUCCGAAUUACUGUUGUCGCAAUCGAACGAGGGAACACAAGCGACCGGAAAUACUAGUUCACGGGGGGUGGGGGUGUUCUAGAACUUAAAUAAUAUAAUUAUUAUUAUUAUGACGCGUCCGUGUUGCUAGGGAAAUCGUGAAGCACAUUCAUCAUGCUGCUGUUUUGCCAAAGACCGGACCGGUACAUAGUCAUCUGGCUGUUUCAAAUACUGACCGUCAUCUGUGCAGUAUUGACCGACGAUCCGAAUUUCGCAGAGCCUAUACCAAAUGUUACAGUGUCGCUUGGGAGAGAUGCAUCCCUUCCAUGUGUAGUCAACAAUCUCGGCACGUACAAGGUAGCGUGGAUCCACAUCGAUCGGCAAAUGAUAUUGACUAUUCAUCGUCACGUGAUAGCCCGAAUACCACGGUUUGGCAUCACAUACGAUAGUCAGAAAACGUGGCUGUUGCAUGUCAAGGGUGCGCAGCCUGAAGACAGAGGCUAUUAUAUGUGUCAAGUGAACACAAACCCCAUGAUCAGUCAAGUUGGAUACUUACAGGUGGUCGUGCCACCAAAUAUCAUUGAUGAAGAAAGUUCUCCAUCUUCAGUAUCCAUCCGGGAAAAUCAAAAUCUAUCCCUCACGUGCAAAGCAGAAGGAUCGCCGACGCCAAAAAUUAGUUGGAAAAGAGAAGAUGGUAUUAAUAUAGGGACGGAUCGAAAAAAAAAAGCUGUGGAGAAGCUGUUCGGAGACACGUUAAACUUGACAAGAGUCAACAGAGCGGAUAUGGGCGCAUAUCUCUGUAUCGCUAGCAACGGUGUACCUCCGUCAGUUAGCAAGCGCAUUAUACUCGACGUCGAAUUUUCGCCGAUGAUAUGGGUACCGAAUCAAUUGGUCGGAGCUCCGUCCGGCACUGACGUGACGAUCGAUUGCCAGACGGAGGCGUAUCCAAAGUCCAUCAACUAUUGGUCGUUUCGAGACUCGAAAACAAUGCUAUUCCCCAACAAGAAAUACGUGACGUCGGACACGGAAAAAAGGUACCACAUCCACAUGCGACUCACCAUCAGGGACCUGAGCCAAUCGGAUUUCGGCAACUACAAGUGUAUAUCCAAGAACUCGCUCGGCGAAACCGAGGGCUCCAUCAGACUUUAUGAAAUACCAAAACCUUCUUUAGCCCCAAAAAGUGCGUCCGAACUCAACCGGGCGAAUAAAGAAGUUUUGAAGCAACCGAAAGUGUCGGUGGUACGAAACAUGACUGGCCAGUCUGUCCGGGACAACCGGCAGCAUCAGUCGCGUCCCGUCAGGCCCACCGUUCCUGGGAGACUCGAGGCCUCAGGCAAUUGGGGUCCGAGCAGAUACAGCCGGUCCCAAAUCGCAAUAACCGUGUUUGGUGUGGUCACGUGUCUCACGUCCUCGCAUCACAUACCAUCAUGAACGGCUCAACAUCCUUAUAAUAUAUUAUCAUAACAUUAUUAUUAUACAACAAUUAUAGCUGAAUUUUGUUUUGUUUUGUUGUAUACAUUUUAAUAUACAUUAUUAUUAUAAUUAUGAUUUUUAAGUUAAGUAUGUUACGGAACUCAACAAAUAUUAUUGUUGAGAAUAAUUGAAUAUUAAAUAACAAUAACGCUUAAUAAUAUUGAAAUGCUAAAAUAGAAAAUAAUUUUAGUUACUGCUACAAUUUUAUAUUCAGAAGGCAUUUUAGUCAUGAUAGAAAUUAUUGGGUUUUAGAACUCAGUGUUAAAGAAUCAAAUAUCAUCAUAAUAUGUGUCAAUCUAAUAAAAAAAAAAAAUGUACAUUUAUUUUCAUUUUAAUACCUACUAAUUUAAAGACCUAUCAAUAUAAUUUGCACUUCAUUCGCGUAGUGCCGUGUGUUUAUACUAUUUUAACCAAAGAAAAACAUUUAAACUAAAUAUAUUAGGUAUAUAAUAUAAUUGAUACAAUACAUCGUGUAUAAAAAAAAAAGUAAUUUAUUAACUAUAAUGAACUCAGUCUUUCGUGGUUGUGAUCUGUGUAAUAUGAAAAAAAAAUAUAUAAUACAAUAAUAAAUUCCAAUGUAGUUUUAAAAUACUACAAGCAAAUUUGUAGGUUGAAAACUGCGUGAAAUAUAAAAAUGAAUCUCUUAAUAUUUCUUAUGAUCUGGAAAGUAAAAAAAAUGAUAAUGUUUGUUGGAUCACCUCAUAAAAACGUUUGUACAUUUCGAGUGGCGAAGGAACCUAUGUGUAUAAAUAGAAUAUUUAUUAACUAUGUAUAAAUAAUAUCUCAAGUGGGAAAAAAAGAUCCUAUCGCCAUUCUGGAUGUCAUGUACCUACAAUAGAUUCAAUAGAAAUAAAAAAAUGCAUAGGUAAGUUCGUGCGCGUUUUUAAAUUAUUCGUAUGUUGUACUACUCUCACGAAGUUGAAUACAUAAACGACAUAAUUUUCAAAUCCUUUAGAAAACUCCAGCUUAAUAAAUAGAUUUUGUACAACAAAAUGUGCAUUUAUCAUAAAUGCAUUUACAUAAUAUGGUUUAUUUGAUCAAUUCAUAAUGACGUCUAUUAUAUUAUUAUAGCCUUUAUUGAACUAUUCAAAUAUCGCUAAAAUUGGUUAAAAAUAAUACACGUAUAGAAAACUAUUUUGUAUAAUAAAUUAGUAUAUAGUUCGCUACACAUAAUGACGUUUCCUCGGUUUAAUGACUUUUUUUUAUGUUUUUCAGUAAAUUCCUAUUCGUUGCUAAAGAUGACACAUGACGUGACAAUAUUAUUAAAAACAAAAAAAAAAAACAGUUAAAAAAUAGUAGUACAAUAUUUUAAAGUGACGCGUCGGAAAAAGUACUAAAAAAUGUAAAUAAAAACAGAGGGUACGUAUGUAUUAAUAAUGUAUUUAGUUAUAGUAUGUGCUCUUGGAAAUUCAUAUGGUUCUCUUUGUUUUUAUACCCAUGCGUAACGCAAUAAAAACAUAAACAGAAUAUUUUUUAAGUCACUAAUAACUUAUGAACAUAAACACAUACCAGCAGCCAAUGAUGCUAAAUAAUAAUCAUUGAAAUUAUUUACCUAUGAAAUUAAAUGAAAAUAUUUUUAGCGUUAAAUUAAAACAUACCCUUCGAGGUAUUCGCACAAAUAUCAUCCAUUUUAUCUUUGCCGUUCUACGUACAGCAUCAUUCAUACGAGAAUGAUAAUAAUUAAAGGAAUUUCAAAAUUUCAAAAAAUACCUGUCAUACUAACUCUCUGAAUGUACUCUCUCGUUUAAACCUAAAUAGAUUGAAUGUUUGUCUUCAGACAAUGUGUACUGUCGGUGAAUAUAUUUCCACAUUACCUUACAGUUCGAAUUACCUAACUCAACGCGUUUACGCAUUUGCAUUAAACACUGAUAAUGGAUAAAAUACUAAAUUUUGUUUUUUUGUUGGCAGAUUAAACCAAUAAAAUAGAAAUACGAUUACAUAACUAUUUUUGGGUCACUUCAAAGCACGUUGUGGUAUAACUAUAACGGUCCCUACGUUUAUACUGGUAUUUGAAAUUCUUAAGUUACAUAUCAUUUGGUAUUUUAAACAGCAGACAAGGCCGAUCCCUUUAUAAUAGUUGGAAAGUCACAUACACGAGCUAAUGUACUAUAUAAGAUUUAAAAAUAUUUAAAUUCUUUCGAUAUCUUUCAACUUUUACACAAUAUAACAAUAUUAUAAUUUAGUAUAUACAGAAGUAUGUAGAACUUAUUUUAACUCCGAGUUGAUUUUGUUAUAGUAGGUAUAGAAAUACUUAUAUUAUGUAUGGAAUAUUUUCUUCUAUUUUUAAAGAACAAAGCGACCAUAAUAUUAGUUUAAAACUAAUGAUAAUAUUAUGUAGUUUUACUAGUAUUUUUGUUGAAAAAUGUUUGAACAAUAGAAAGCUUUAAAAUUAAUCGUUGCACGUAUCUAAGUUAGAGACUCAAAAUUUUAAAAAGACAUUUUAUGUUCCCUUUUUUAGAAAAUUAUACAAAUAUAUAACUACGAUACUACUUAGCUCAAAGAAAGAUGUAAAUAUAAAAAAAAACUCACACUACUCUUGGUUUGAUUAUUAUUAUUUAAUUCCGUCGUCUUCCCUGAAUUUCCAUAAUUAGUCUAAAGAUUCACCUAAUUAUUUUUAUAUCUUUGAUUGAAUAAUGGUCGUAAUAUAUAAAUUUUGAUCAGUCGUCCAAUAUUUAAAAAAAAAUGUUAUUAUAUAAUAUACGGUAUUUGUACAUUUAUACUAUAUAUAAUAUAAUAUUCACCAUAAAAAUACUUUUCAUAUUUAACUUUAAAAGUAAGUAAAAAAACACAUUAUACUAUAACACAUUUUAUUUUCAGUUUUAAAUAAUAAUCAACCUGGUCGUAAAAAAUAUAAAUUGUAAUAUUUUAUGAAUAACAGUCUGAAACUCAAUCUACACAUAAAAAUCAUAUAAUAAAAAUAAACUAUUUUUGUUUAGUGACAUAAUAAGUACGUAAUACCAAACUGUUCAAUUUGUACAUCGUCUUUUCUUUAUCAAAUGUGAAACGACAUUGUCUUGAAUUGUAUUUAUUUUAUAUAUUUAAAAUCCUCAUUUUAACUUUUCAAUCAAUCAAUUAAUUUACGAUAUGUGUUUAAAAAGAACUGUUAUAGUUUUCAAUCAGUUGCGAACGCAGGGGAGGGGGUUCAAACCCCCUCCGAAAUGAUUGGAUAAUAAAUUUCAAACAUAGUUAUUCUCACUUGGGAACCUUCAAAAAGUUUCAAUUUUUUUAACCCCCCCCCCCCCUCAAAAAAAAAAUGUUUUCCUGUGCCCACCCCUAUUUUCAAUAACUGUAACUUAAAUGGUUUCAAUUAUAUUUAAAAAAUAAUUGUAAAUAACGUUAACUAUGUAUAGAAGACUUUAACUUAAAUUUUCAAAAUAGUAUCUAUACAAAUAAUUUAGAAAAUUCUGAAAAAACGUGUAAUAGUUAUACUUUUUCUUCCUUUGACUUUAAAAAUUAUAAUCAAUUUAAUUACCAUUUUACAUUUGUACAGAACAUGAUGAUACAAUUUAUUGUAUUUAAAAUAUUUGUUAAUUAUUAUAAUAUAAUAUAUUAUAACCCAUCAAAAACAGAUAAAUUGCGUUUUAAACUAAUAAUAAAACAUAGCUAAAUACUAUUAUUCAAAUGGUAUAUUAACGCAAAUUUAUAAAUCAAAUUACCUUAUUCAUUUAUAUCAUUCCAAUUUCAGUAGAAAUACAAUUUCAUAAUUUUUGAAUUUCAUAGAAACUUUAUUUGAUAUUUGUUUGAUAUAAUAUUAUCGUUAUAUCUUUAAAAAAAAAAACAUCAUAUCAUACAUAUGUAUGGUAGGUAGUACAUAGUAUGCAAUUACUUAAAACUACUGUUUUUAUUACAUAAAAUGUAUCAAUCAAGAGAGUUUUUAUUGAGAAAAAAUUAUACUAAUACGGAAAAUUAAAAAAAUAAUUCAUACCAUUUUUUUUUUUACCUUAAUAACAACUUCUUUUAACUUAACACAUAAAAUAAUACAUAUAAUCAAUUAUAUGCUACUAUAAUGUACACCUUAUGAAUUAGUUUCAAUCAUUGUAUCAUGUAAAAAUAUGUUAUAAAUAAUAUUGAAUAGUUCAAGAAAGUUAUAAUAAAAAUAAUACAUAUAUACAAUAUAAAUUUAUAAGCUGAUUUUUUUUAUUUGUAUUACUAUAUUACUAUAAAAAUGUAUCUAUUUUUUUUUCCAAAUAUGUACCUACAUACCAAAUAGCUAUUGUAAAAUGUAAGAUGAUUUUGUAAACAUUUUUUUUUUCAUCAAAUUUAUUUCCAAAACCAUCAUUAUUAUAUGGACCUAAAUAAAUUGGUAAUAAAAUAAAAAAAAAAAACAAAACUUGUAAAUCAUAUUUUUGUCUACUAAAAUGUACAAUUCGUGAAUAUAUUUUUCCCAAAACGACAACCUAAACAAAACGUAUUAUUUAGUAUAAUAUAUAAAUAUAAUAUGGUUAACAACCUCAUAAUAAAUUAAUAAAAAAUUUAUUCUAUUCAAUACUAUUACUAGUUAAUAGGUACGUAAUGAAACGUCCUCAUUUUAAACUUAAUAUGAAUUUAUAAACACACGACACUACGGUUUUUUAACACAUUCUUUUAUAGAUAUUUUACUAUUGUGAUAUAUUUGUUAUUUUAAAAUGAAGCUAAUUUACAAACUAUUGUUAUUUGUCAACCAUGUUUUACGCGUGUUAUCAUAUAUUUUAUUGUUCCAUAACAAUGCGUAGACAUUUAUUCUAUUUCAUACAUAAAAAAGUUAUCGUUUAUACCUACUGUCUUUAAAAUGUUUUUAUAAAUUAUUGUAUGUAUAUUAUAUAUUUUUGAUGUAGUUUCUUCAUUUUGAUAAUCAAUAAUAGUAGAGAACGAUUUGUUUUUUUUUUUUGUCAAUCUAAUAUUUGCGGUGGAUUCAGUUUUAAAGUUAUCAAAAUUACUAAUUGUAUUUAAAGGAAUACACAUAUAUUAUUUUCACUAAGCGAUAGCCAUAAUGUUUUAAGACAUGUAAGCUAAAUCCAACAGUAUAAUAUUUUAUUAUAACAUUUUUAGGGAAACGAAUUUAAAGGCAGUAAUUAGUAGGUAAUUGAUGGAAAUGUGACCAAGUCUAAGAUUUACCACAUUACUGAGCGCUGCAUUUAUAAUUUAUAUUCUUAUGAUAUUAUGUUUAAAAAUAUUAGUAGGUUCGUACUAUUUUUAAAUUUAUAACAAUACUAUGUCCUUAAGUGUUAUAUAAUUCGUUUUUUUAACACUAACUUAUAGUUAAUUAUUUUGAAGCCCGUAGUUUCAAAUAUAUUCUAAAACAUGAAAAAAUUUUAACGUAAAAUACAAACGUGUGAUUCGUUUCGAACCUGAGAAAACUACCCUGAAAUUUGUUCUAUUUUUUUUUCAUUUCUUUGUAAAUUUUAAUCAAUUUACUUAGUCUGAAACUAGUACAAUUCGUCGAUACACACUUAUAUAAUAAAUUAUGUGUAAAUAAACACGUCAGCCACGUGUGUGUAUAGAAUAUUGUCGAUUUUUAUUCUUAAUUUAAACGUUGUUAUUGCUUAAAAAAAAAAUAUAUGAUACAUAUUUAACUUUAUGAUAUGUACUACGUCCAUUUUAAAUUCCAAA